GUUGUUUCAAAUAAUAUGAGAUUGAGUCCUCUUUUUUCAUCUGUAUUUUUUGUGUUUUGCGUAGUGCAAUAUGUGGAUAACCAGCAAGUUUUUGGAUCAAUCGCUUUCUCGGCAAUCCAAAAAAUCGUUCCACAUGCUUCGGACGUCAAUGCUUUUGCUCUAGCACAAGGGCUUAACUCAAUUGUUGGACAGUAUUCUGCACAGAGGACACUUGUCAAUAAAUUCUUUUCCCAGAAUAAGGCGGGAUCUCCAAAUCCAAAAACUCUUUCGUUAUACGAUAACUCGACUUACAGCAAGCAGAAGUUGAUCGCGUUGGUUAACAAUCGACAAGCCGUUACUCAAUGGUGGUCGGACCUGACGCCAGGAAUCACAAAGAUCUACGGAGCUGCUCAGGCUACCAAAUAUAAGAAUCUCUACGCGUACUUUGACAGUCGGUACAUCAACAGCUUCUCAUACACGAUGGCUUAUUGGAUGAUGUGUGUUCUUUUACAAAACGCUUUUGGAGAUGAAGCAGACUACAAUGCUACAUCUGACUUGAUGUUCGACUCAUUAGAGAAACAACUAAACAAGUCAACUGCAAUUGCCUUCGAGAUCUACACAACUGCAUUCGAGGCCAAUCAUAAUCAGACUUUGAUGAAAGGAAAAUGGUAGAUACCUUGCAUUCCCAGUUUCCAAUAAAGUUAUUACUAUUAUUGUCGAAUUGAUAAUAAAACGAUACUUAAAUAAAUGGAGACACGCAUGAAGGCUCUUUUAUGUCUCCGCUACCUAAACACAUCUUUUUAUGAGCACUUAAAUGUGCUCCCAGUUGAUCAAUAGACAUCACUUUUUGCAAUGAUUGUAAUGAUGAACUUUUAUGUCUAAUUCUGUAACUUGUUUUGUCGUUUUAACAAUUUUUAUUUGACUCAAUCUUACGUAACACUGAAAUAAACUCGAAUCAUGACU